UGUGCUGUGUUGUGUAUUUCUGCCUUUCCCCUUUUCUUGUGACCAAAAUGUGCAAUCCACACUCCGACCUGCGAAAGGCAGAAAUACAUAACACAGCACCUCGUCUGCCGGAAAUUCUCACCAAAAAAAGAAAAAGAAGGAUCUCUAAGCAAAUAAUUUAAAUUAAUUUAAACUCGGAUAUUCUGAGUUUCCGGUAGGACGUGAACGUGGAAUGAGAUCAUCAACGUGCGCACUUACACAGACAAUAGGGCCCAUUAUGACGUGUCCCACUUAGUGUUCGCUGUUCUCUGUUGUAAUAAUCUAAGGAUUUGUGUGCACGGUUACACAGAUCAGAAAAUAGUGUGUCUUAUAUAUCAAAUAAUCAUAUUAUUUCUGAAACUAUGGACGCCCCCGAAGAGAAAACUAGUCUUUCUGCUGCACAAAGAAGAGCAGAAAUUCGGAGGCGAAAAUUGCUCAUGAAUUCCGAAGACCGAAUGAACAGAAUCGUGGGUUUCACCAAAGCUGAAGCUGAAAAGAACGGAGCGUCAAGUCGUGUCACAGAGCCUAGGUUCCACCUGGACUUGGACAGGAACAAGCCGUGGUCAGCAUCCUCAUCCCCAAGACUGUCUCCAUUCCUCCCAGAGGCAGUAGGCAGCAGCCACCCCCAUAGCGAUCUUCCAGAGAGGAAAGGCUCUCCCCUGCCAGACAGCAGCGAGGUGCUGGGUGUAGACAAGGAUGUGACUCCAGGGGUCCGACAAAGGCCACGGGGAGAGGCCCAGCUGGCAGCUGAUGAGCCCAGCCAUUCCGAAUCCCCACGCAGAGGGUUGCAGAAGUAUUUAUCCCGCUUUGAUGACGCCAUGAAGCUCAGAGGCCAACUCGCCAAUGAGAAUCAAGCCCAGGAUGCAGCCGGGUCAGACCCAGAAGAGUUGGACUCCUUCAGGCUCUUCAGACUUGUCGGCAGUGUCCUCCUCGCCAUCUUUGUCCGAGGUUUUGUCUGCAAGUAUCUGUCCAUAUUCGCACCAUUUCUCACCCUCGAACUGGCCUACAUGGGGUUGUACAAGUAUUUUCCAAAGGUUGAGAAGAAGAUGCAGACCACAGUGCUGACCGCCGCCCUCCUGCUGUCUGGAAUCCCCGCUGAGGUCAUCAACCGCUUCAUGGACACCUACAGGAAGAUGGCUGACGUCUUCGCCGACCUCUGUGUCUACUUCUUCACCUUCAUCCUCAGUCACGAGAUCCUGCUGUUGCUUAGUUCAGAAGAGACUGAUACUCCCUGAUGGACUGGAGGUCGCCGUGCUAUGGCGCUGUAAAUGUCACCCUCUCUCUGGGUGACAGAGGAGGGCAUGACCCCUGAUAGAGGGCAUGACCCCUGAUUGCAAUCCUUCACCCUACCUCCCAACCAUGUCCCAUCCUGAGUCAGUACACCCCAUAGGGGAGGGUGUUCGAGGUGCAGGGUCUACAGGUGGAUAAGAGAGGAAGACAGAACUUACUGGUUGAACAAGGUAACAUAACAUGCAUUUGUGUUCUGGCCCUCUUUACUAUCCAGUAAAACAACACAUGUCACUGCACCUAUCUGUUGUAUAUUUAAACAUCUUACAUAUUAAUCUUGUCCAUAGGAGCUGCUUUUAAGUUACUGUUUAAGUAGCUCCCUACAGUGUUUACAUAAGUGGUUCAGUUACUUUGCAAUUUUGUUUGUUUCAAGUGAAUUAAUCUAUCUCGUAUGGAAGACAGGAGAAGCACACUCCAGUGUUUUGUUUUUGGACCCUUUUUAUGCUUUAAAGACAUGGUUGACUUUAUCUGUACAUGUGCUCUUAUUAAAAGAGGUCAAUGGUGUGAUCUGAACUAGGGAGAACAAUUGCUUAGGAUUGUCUUUUUGGAAAGUGUGUUUUGUCACUGCUAUUCAGUGUCGGGCGGUGGGGUCUUAUAAGCUUGUUUAUUAUCUGUGCUGAAUAAGUCUGAUUUGUGGAAAUGUCAUGUAUUGCUCUGCUAGUUAUCCCAGCCUCACUAAUACAGUCUUUCUGUGGCAUGCUACAUCAUCUGUUAAUUAAACAAACAAACAAAAAUGUCUUUAACAAGGCAAGUCAGUUGAGAACAAACUCUUAUUUUCAAUGACGGUCUAGGAACAGUGGGUUUAACUGCCUUGUCAACUCCUUUCGGUUACUAGUCCA